AUGGCUCUCAAGAGAAUUAACAAGGAGUUGACUGAUCUCGGAAGAGAUCCACCCUCAUCCUGUAGUGCUGGUCCCAUCGGGGAGGAUUUGUUCCACUGGCAAGCAACCAUCAUGGGUCCUUCGGAAAGUCCCUACACAGGAGGCGUGUUCUUCUUGAGCAUCGCUUUCCCUACCGAUUAUCCUUUCAAACCUCCCAAGGUGAACUUUACCACACGCAUCUACCACCCUAAUAUCAACGCGAACGGCAGCAUUUGCUUGGACAUCCUGAGGGACCAGUGGUCGCCAGCUCUCACCAUAUCGAAAGUCUUGCUUUCCAUUUGCUCCAUGCUUACGGACCCCAACCCCGAUGACCCGCUCGUUCCAGAAAUCGCCCAUGUCUACAAGACCGACCGAGACAGGUACGAGGCCACAGCAAAGGAAUGGACCAGGAAAUAUGCAAUCUAG